UGUGUGGUAGUUAAUUAAAAGAAGUGAGUGAAAAGUAAGAAAGAAUAAUAAUAAAAUAAAUAAAUAAGAAUGUCAUCUCCAACACCGAAGGGAUCGUCAUCGUCACAGAGCAACACCCCAACACACCGUCAUCCCAAUCACUCCGCACCCUCUAUGUUGGAGCGGGCACUCUCCUCUCGCCGCGUCAACUCUCACGGCGAAGACGACGGCGACGGCAGUGACGGCGGAGGUGAUGAAUCUAAGACCAAGAAGCAACAGCACAUCCUCUUUCGCGUCACCAACAGAGCCUCCAAUUACCUCUCCCGAAUGGCGGGUUCUGGUUCCUCCUACCUUCCUUGUGUUGUCAUAGCCAUGUUCAUCUUCUUAGCCUUCUCAUUCCUCUUCACAUCUCGCGGCUUCGUCUGCAUCUCCUCGACCUAUAGCCCCGUCUCUCGCUCCGGCUUCUUCGGCUUCGAUGGCCUUGAGUCUGAUUUCGGAGCCCUUGGCGUGCCCUGGUGCAGAUCGAAACAUGGUAAAACUGUGGAGUGGACGUCAAAAGAUCUGCUCAAGGGUUUAGAAGAGUUUGUUCCUAUAUAUGAAACCCGGCCAAUCAAAAACAACUUGUAUGGAAUGGGUUUUGACCACAGCUUUGGGCUUUGGUUUAUUGCCCGCUGGCUGAAGCCAGAUCUGAUGAUCGAGAGUGGUGCUUUCAAGGGACAUUCAACUUGGGUUUUGCGGCAAGCUAUGCCAGACACGCCGAUUAUUUCUCUUUCACCUAGGCAUCCAGAAAAGUACCUCAAAAAGGGCCCUGCCUAUGUUGAUGGUAACUGCACGUAUUAUGCUGGGAAGGACUUUGUGGAUUUUGGGAGUGUCGACUGGCCCAAAGUGAUGAAAAAGCAUGGGAUUGCAGACCUUAAUCGGGUUCUUAUAUUUUUUGACGACCAUCAAAAUGAAUUGAAAAGAAUUGAACAAGCUUUGAAAGCAGGGUUCCGGCAUCUUGUCUUUGAGGAUAACUAUGACACUGGAACUGGUGACCAUUAUUCGCUGAGGCAGAUAUGCGAUCAAUUUUAUAUAAGAGGCGGGGGGCACAGUUGCUUUAAAGAUAGUGAUGAAGCUAGGAUCAGGUCGAGGAGGAAGAAAUUCUGGGAGAAAGCAGUUGAUAUCGAAGAACUCUGUGGACCAGGUGAAGCCUGGUGGGGAGUUAGAGGCUACAUGCGUGACAACUUCAAUCAUAGUAAUAAGCCAAUAUCUUAUGCACAACAUUUCCAGAAUAGCCGAUUUAUUGAAUCUAUUCUUGAUAUUUACUGGGAACUCCCUCCAGUUGCUGGUCCUUCCCUCACGCAUCAAACCAGAUAUGAUCCUGCUCGUGCAUCCAGCCCAAUUGUUGAAGAUGGACGGUAUGGCUUGUUCAAAAGGCUAGGUUUGGCCAACCUUGACAAUUCUGUAUUUAAUGGAUACACGCAGAUGGUUUAUUUACAGAUAUCUGAACAAUAAUUUAGAGUUGCUUAGACAAGGGUAUGAUGUAGUAGAAGAAAGUUUUGUACCUGUAUUAUGUAUGAAUUGUUGCUUCUGCCUGAUUUGGGUUAAG